AUGGCAAAGUACAGCACCUUCAUCCUCCUCAUCCUCUGCCUGUUGCCCCCAUCCUCUGCACGCAGAAAGCUAUUGCUGUUUCUGAUUGACGGCUUUCGCUUUGACUACAUCAGUGAUGGAGAAAUUCAGCAUCUUCCCGGCUUCAGGCAGUUUGUGGAAAGUGGGGUUAAAGUAGAUUACACAACCCCAGACUUCCCAAGUCUUUCCUACCCCAAUUAUUACUCUCUGAUGACUGGGCGCCACUGUGAAGUGCAUCACAUGACUGGAAAUUUUAUGUGGGACCCUAAGAAGAAUAUUUCAUUCAACAUUGGUGAGAAUGAAGACAGUCGACUGCCACAAUGGUGGAAUGGAGCAGAGCCUCUUUGGGUCACCAUGGAAAAGGCAAAAAAGAAAGUCUCUAUGUAUUAUUGGCCUGGGUGUGAAGUGGAAAUUCUUGACGUUAAACCAAAUUACUGCCGUGAAUAUUUCUAUUAUGCCUCAGAAGCAGAAUUUGGAACAGCAGUCACGGAUGCUCUUCAUUCUCUAAAGAGUAACAAUGCUGAAAUGGCUGCUGUAUACUAUGAACGUAUUGACGUAGAAGGUCACCAUCAUGGACCCUGGUCUGAAGAAAGAAAAACCGUCACCAGAGCACUGGACCAAGUUUUAUGGAACCUGCACCAACAAAUUAGGGAAAUGGAACUGGAGAACGAGUUAAAUGUAAUUCUGUUCUCUGAUCAUGGAAUGACAGAUAUUUUCUGGAUGGACAAAGUGAUUGAGCUCAAGAAUUACAUAAAUAUGCAGGACAUAGUGCAGAUGAAGGACAGGGGACCCGUGGUCAGCUUGUGGCCCGCUGAGGGGAAACAAUCCAUAGUGUAUGAGCAGCUACGCAAUAUAUCGCACAUGAAUGUUUACCAGAAGGAGGAUAUUCCAGAAAGAUUCCAUUACAAGAAAGGCAAAUUUGUGGCUCCUCUGACACUUGUUGCAGAGCUGGGAUGGUUCAUAAUUGAGAGAAAAGAAAAGCUUCCUUUUUGGAACAAUGGCACGAGUACCAAUAUGGCCUGGCAACAUGGGUGGCAUGGCUAUGACAAUGAACUUAUGGAUAUGAGAGGAGUGUUUUUGGCUUAUGGUCCAGACUUUAAAGUGAACUUCAGGUCAGCUCCAAUUAGAGCAACAGACAUUUACAACCUAUUGUGCAAUGUGCUGGGGAUAGAGCCUCUGCCCAACAAUGGAUCCUGGUCCAGAGUGCAGUGUAUGCUGAGGAGCAGCGCUGACUUUUCCCAGCCUUUCCACCUGAUAAGCCUUUGGCUGUCAGCCUGUGUCCUUGCAUUAAUAGUCUAA